AUGUGUGAGCAGAGGACGUCACACAAACACCGAUUGGCGUCUGAAGAUGUGACGUUGGAUUUGCAAUCUGUCAUUCAAUCAUUCAAUGAAGAUCCACAAGAGAAAAAUGAGGCCAAAGAAACUCCCGCUGGUCUUUUCCGCGUGCCGGAAAUUGCCCCUCACAGUCAGCGCGGUGGAUUACCUCGACCGAUUGGCAGAACAUGCGAUCAAAAUGACCCAAGCUUUUGUGAACCAGAGCCCGAAACCGAGGGCCAAAUUCGGAGUCCUACGGAACGUUCGGAACGUGACGCGCUACUUCACAACAUUGCAAAGCUACUGAGUAAGGAUGCUUCAAAGUCAAGAUCAAAUUCAACGGUGCUGUCUGAAGUAUCUGGCAAGAAACACGCUCCAUGUUCACCGGCGAGAUUCCCAACGGGGCUCAAACGGAACUCGGUAGACAUAUUAGCACGCUUGCAUUCCGUGGUAACCGAGGCUUAUGAACAAGCGAAGUACGAUGAAGAACUGACGACCGUUUUGGGUUCGCUGCUUGGUUACGGUUCACAUAUUCACACUGUUGGAAGACAAACUGAGCUGGAGUUUGGUGGUAGAAAACGACGUGAAUUUGAUUGCCGUCCUUUUCAGGGACCCAAAACGCCACCCUCGCCCAACUCCAAGUAUAAAACCGGAAUUUUAUCACAUACAACAAGGACCAAAACCAGCUGCGGCCUUGGAGAGACGAAUGAAGCUCGGUCGGAUAAGUACAUUGAGCGGAUCAGGGUUGAUCCAAGAAAUAGGACACUGAAUACCAAAUCUUCCAUACCCCAUCGACAUCUUGUGGACUCACGUGAUUACCUUCAUUCUUUUGAUGAAGAGGUUUCCAAGGUGUAUUGCAAGCCACAUCGGUCCCAGCAUAGUCUUCACGGUCGUACUCAUGGUCAUGCUCUUCGUCAUCACGUGACAAGAGACAACAAAGACCAGUUUGUAAACUUACAUGACAAGCGUUUGCAUAGUUCUUCCUGUGACUGUGACCGAAAGUUGAAGUGUACAGGGUGCGUGCUUGAAAGCCGGAGUAGUCGAACCCAAUCCAAUACUAGAACCCAUUCAGGCUCAACCAAGUGUCGCAGUCCGUUUAGAAGCAGCCAGAGGAGAAGUGAUGAGCGAAUCACUGAGGGGCCUGCAGAACAGCAGGCGCGAAAACGGCGAGCAAUAGGUGACUGCUCACCUGGAUGCUCCAAGCAUCUUCGUCGACAUCGAUUCACUAAAACUGAACGGGAUAUUGACGGCAUCCCGGUCCGGGCAUCAAAUAUGGAUACAUCACCUCGAGACCUACUGCAUCACACCAAUACGAGACAAGCCACCGUGGUUGACCUGAAAACAGCGGGGGAUUCGUCCCGUCAUUCAACUGCAUCCAUUUCAGGCUCACCUUCUCCAACGCGCUCGGGAUCAUUCAGACAUAGCUAUCGUUGCAAAGCUGUGUUACACCACAUACUGCAAGACUCACCCGAGCGCAGUCCCAUUCCUAUUCGGAAGAAGCCAUAUGGUCAUAGUACAACACAAGGUUGGACAGAUACGAAGGACCAGGCAACCUGUAGUAAACGUCCAACGAACUACGUAUCCAGUGUCACUGAAAGGAGCUGUGAUAACCGUGGUCAUCUGCAUCGAGUCUCAAAACGGCGACAAAUACACUACUUGGGACCACCAUCUCCAUACACAGUGGCGUAUAGUUUCCGUGCAGAUGCCCUGUUGACCGAUACUCCUGAAUCACCGGAUCGGGCAAAGUAUAAUGACCCAGCUGUUCAGACAGAGCAAGACGUUUCGGUGGACACCACGCAGUCUGACCCCACUUCUUCUGAAAGAUAUAAAGCUUGCAACAUAGACUUGUCCUCUUAUAACAAUGCCGAACUACGCAGGUUGAAAAACUGGAUUUUGUUUGGUAAGCCAGCGCAGUCGUCUCCAUCGUCCCCAAAACCUGGCUCAGGUGACAAGCCCAGAGUGGACUUUGCAGUCCCACGAAUAACACCAUGCAAAAUCAGUCCAAACAAAUGUGAAUUAAAAGACAGCUCUAAGGAACUAACUCCGGCCCCGAAUUGCUCCCUGACCGAACCGAAAAUCGACCAGUCCCUUGCAUCAGGCAAUCCAAGGCCCGGUACGGAACUCCGAUCUCCAAGUGUCAGCAGUACCAGCAGCACCAGUAGCAGUCAGUCGAGUAACAGCAGCAGCAGUGGCAGUAGUGAAAGUGCUGAAAGCAGCACAACCAACGACACCACGUGUAUUUCUUCCACGCCUUCUGAAGGAUCCAGACCAGAAACACCUACUCCGGUUUCACCGGAUAAGCUGCUAGCAAAUUCUUUCAGUACACGACAACAACCUUUGCAUGCAAACAACCUCCAUGAAGUGGGCGAAUUGGCUCAGAAAGAGGUAAACAUUGCUACUGAGAACAACCAUUCAGUGAACGAUAUGGCUGCACAACUAUUGGGACCGGCAGGCGCGGAUAAACACGAAGUUCAAAUGGAUUCAUCCGGUAGGGAAGUUGAACAGUUCCAGGAGGAGAACGCAAACCAGCAGUUAUCUGAAGACUACUGCGGUGCAGAAUUGAAAGGCAGCUGUCCGUUUACCGAGGAGAACGGUGAGGCUUAUCAUGGAGAAAACGAAAAUAUCAUAUCGAAUGGAAUUAGUAGCCAGUCUGUCGAAGUCAACCCCUGUAGUCCUCGAUCGGAACUUCAAGAAUAUGAUCCAGCUCCAAAUAUGGCGCAUGCGGAUGAAAUGACUGAAGAGGAAACGGUAUUUUGUGACGAAACAGUCAAUGGUAAUUUAGUGAGGAGCCCCAAGAAGAAUAAACUAGAAAGAAGGAGAAGGGAUAAGAAUUCAACGUCUGGACAUGAUCGUCUGGUGGACAACGAGUCUUGCGCUGACCGAAUAGAUGGUGUUUUGCAAAACUUUGAGACGCGAACAAGCGCGGAUGAAGAGGAAGGUGAAGUAAUAUCGGACUGUACAAGCGAUGUGGAUGAAUAUCAUCUCAGCAAACGUCCUCGUAGAACCCCAGUCCAAGAGGCCGAUUCCAGUAAACUUUCAGCAACUUCCAGUUCAGACGUUCUGCGGCCCAAGAUGGUGUGCAGAUCAGAUAUUCAUAAGCAUGUGAGAAGCCGCCGUUCCAACUCUAGUGAAAACUUGACGAACUGUAGUAGCAGGAGAAGGACCGAGGAGUCCAGGUUUAAACAGCCCAGUACUCCGAAACGCAAACGUAGAGACCGGUUUGAAGUAGAACGACUACGAACCUCUGUGGACAAUUUGCGUGAACAGUCAGGCUUUUGUGAUCGGUACAGAAAGGCAAAAUACAUCCGCAGUAAUUAUCUAGAUGAGCCCAUUCCCUAUGAGCGAAAACCCCAUCAGCAAAAUCUGACCAGAUCUAACUGCAUAUUGAAACUAAACCGAGGGAGACCGGAUCUUGAUAAAUUUUCAACUCGUGGAAGAUAUUUCCUGACUCAUCCGGACAGUCUAUCACGGGGACGUGGAAGAAGAAUGUAUGCACCGCGCUUUGAAUUCGAAUCCGAGUACCAACGAGGAACUCACCAGAACAGAGCCUUCCAAAGGUCUAUUGCCAGGUCAGUAACUAGAUUUCGAACAUCCAGAACAUUUGCGAAACCCGGAAUCACUCACAGACACAUGUUUGAUCUUCGAGAACACAAACUCAGUCGCAAGCACCAAUGAUCUCCUCUUUGUGGUAGACAACAAUUUUUUUCUCGUGUGUUUCACCAUUCCUUCACUAACGCUGUUUAUCUACUUCGUUCUCUGGUACUAUCAAUAAAUC